AUGUUAAUAACCCCCAAGUUGAACCCUGCAGAAGUAGCGCUAUCGCUCCCAGAGGUCCUAGAUGUCCUGGCUAGCUCUUGCUAUCCGCGUGAGGACGGCACCGUCGUCGAGAAGGACGAAAAGUGGCUUCGGGCGAUCUUGGCCAAGAACGGAAGAUACAUCCGACACCUCAACAUGACCUGGAUCGCUUUACUCCUGAACGCCGGUGCAGCAGGAUCAACCAUCACUCGACUACGGUCUCUCUCUGCAUACCACUUUUCGAUGGGUCUCCUUUUCGAGGAGGAGGCGCCCCUAUACGACUUGCCGGUCCUGGCGGGACAACAGGCGGUCAUUUCGUCGUAUAUCCUCUCUCCAGCCUUUGAGGAUGCCUUGGAACCCACCCCUAAUAUCAGAUUCAACAGGUUGAACGGUAUGGCAUUCAAAAUUGAGGCGAUGAUCAACACCAUGCAGUCUCUCUCAAAGCUGACACGGUUGAAAAAUGUUAUCAUGCACCGCCCCCUUCAGAAGAUUCUAGGAAAGCUUCCAGGACUCCAACAUUACACGUAUUGUUCGCCUAUUAGCUCUGGGAGAUAUUUCUUCCCUAACGACUUGGAACUCGACCAAGCGAUCCCCCGUCUCCUGUCGCUCGAGAUUCUCAGUCACAGACCUCUACGAUUGGCGUCCCUUCUAAACCUCCUGGAGUUCUUGCCGAGCCUGGAGCAGCUGACGAUCAGCGCAUUCCUACCGGCAUCGAGGUAUUUCUCGGGCCUCCAAAUGGAAGAGUCUAUCGCAAGCAUGCAGGAGUCUCUCAGCAACAAGUCACACAGCCGAUUACACAUUGUCAAGGAAGACCAUGAGAUCACGGCAGCCCUGGACGAGACGAUUGCCGGAAUAGUUCUUCCUGUGAUACCGUUCCUGGCAGAAAUUACCCUGAGAGUCUUGCUGCCGGCGACGGUGGUAGCGCUAGUAGAGCACUGUUUGCACCUCGAAACGGUAAAGGCAGUGGAUGAUGUUUGUUCGAACAAGGUUAAGGUGACGCUCCCCGAGAAUGUGCCGCUGGUCCCCUUACAUGGUUAUCCGACCCUCAAGCACCUGGACGCCGCGUGCCAUUCUGUGGAUUCCCGUCUGUUGCUGGAGAAGCCUAUUGUCUGUCGCGAGCUCGAGACGUUUCUGCUGUCAAAAGACGAGAAGCGCCGAGUAAUAGUAAAGCACAAGGCAAGCCAAGACCUCCACCACCAGAUCUACGCCACAUUCUCAGGGCUGACCAACCUCCACCGAUUGGAUUUCGGGCACGACCUCCAUGUCAGCGGUCGUCAUCGAGACCACUGGCUGCCAAUGGACCAAGUCUUUGUCCCAGAGACCAUCCUCGUCGCUGGACGAGUCUACCACACCAUGUACCCACCCAACCGCACCACGCUCAAACUGUCUCUCGAUGCAGGACUAGACCCGUUGAGGACUCUGUCGAGGUUGAAAGUGUUUGGGUUCCGAGGUGUCGAUCAUCGUGUCGGGAAAGAGGAAUUGGAUUGGAUGGCGACCGCUUGGCCGAGGUUAGAGAGGGUGUUGGGAGUUGGAGAUGAUUUUUGCAUUUGA